UUACGCUUGACUCAGUGCAGAGUCUAAGCUCCUCCAAGGCUGGAUUUUGAAAACACACAUCCUUAUAUUGCAUUGGGAAUAAGGAAAUAACAACUUCUCUAGCUCAGGAAUGAUAAAACAACUGGAAGGCGAUUGGGCACAAAGGACAGGUUGUAUGAAGUGCCUUUUGAAUUGUGUGAUCAGGUGAUUUUAAUCACUCUCAGUUUAGAUGUAAAUGAACCACUGUUAAACAUUAUUGCAACCUCUGGCCAACUUGCUUUAAGGUUUUCUUCAGUUUGUGCUGAGUAUGGACUACUGGCAGUCUCUGAGGGAUUAUAAGGUUUAAGAAGAGAAGGAGAAAAAAUAACCUCCCAUCAGAACUGGACCUGGAUUUUCCGUAAAUAUAAUAGUGGAAAUCUUUUCCUGAAAACUUAAACCAAAGCUGCUUCUGCUCAUUUCUAUUAUCUGUGAGAUCUCUGCAAGACAAUGGCUACGCAGAGAAAGGAAAUUUUUGAGUUAUUGGAUCUCAGGAUUUGGUUCUGCCUGCUGAUUUCCUAUGGCAGUUGCUUUGCCCAAAAGGACUGUACUGGUGUGAAUUGCCCUUUGCUUGAAUUCUGUAUUGAGGAGGUGCUGGAGCCCGGUACUUGCUGUGCUUCUUGCAUGCAAUAUGGUUGUGCAUGUGAGGGUUACCAGUAUUACGACUGCGUUAAUGCCGGAUUCAGGGAUGGGAAAGUACCUGAAGGAUCUUCAUAUUUUGUUGAUUUUGGAAGCACAGAGUGUGCAUGUCCCAGUGGAGGAGGAAAGAUAAGUUGUUAUUUUAUCCCUUGCCCCGAGCUGCCACAGAACUGCAUUGAAGUCUUGGAACCAGCUGAAGGCUGCCAACAGUGUGCCAAGGUAGGGUGUCUUCAUGAUGGUCAGAAAUACACAGCAGGGCAUACAUUCCAUAUGCCACCAUGUAAAGUAUGCCAUUGUGACAACUCUGGUGGUGAUCUAUUAUGCUACACUCUUCCUGACUGUGAUGCCACUCAGGAACUGAAGUCUGUCUAUCCAGUGAUCAAUGAGAAUGAAGAGCCAGUGCAACAUUAUGAUGACCAAUAUAGCUAUGACCAGGAGCCUUUAGGUAAUGAGCACUUUCAUAAGGAAGACCCUAAACAGUCCAAAGAAUACAAACUGUUAAAUAGAAGGCAACAAAAGCACGACAUUAAAAGCUCAGGCACUGAUGAUGAAAUUGAAUACAACAACUUGGUGCCUAUUAUGCCCCACAAUCCAUUAUAUACCACAAAGGAGCCUUAUGUCGUCACUGUAACUCCAACAGAAACAACUGUCCAACCUACUGUGUCUAAAAAGGAAAUGAAAGCUGCAUGGAGAGUCGAACAACUUCAAAGAGUGCAAAUCACAAAGAAGAAAGUGAUUGGAGAGAAGAUAGAAAACAAUGAAAAAGAAGAGGAACAAACAGAACCUGUGUUUCCUACAGUUAAAUUCAGUCUCACAAAACAACCCCCUAUUGCUAUUAAGGAAGACGAUAAUUCAGUACCAAACAAACAGCCACAGACAUUGUUCCAUUUUCGUUUUGAUGAAGAGGAGAAUAGCAUUAAAAUACCCACAGAUUUGAAUGAAGGAAACGGAAGGCAUAAUAUCAGUUACCAGCUUGUACAGACUAUUCAUCCUAGUGAUCCAUCGCUCACCAGUGAGGCUCCCCUACCCAGAGCAAGUGAAGGUGUAAAUCCUCCAACAGGGACUGCCUUGGAGAAAGAGGCCAACCACUCCAGUGACCACUUGGUUGCUUCCAGAUUCACAACUGCUGCCUCUCCAGUAUCAACAACUUCUCCUACAACCUCCCCAACUCUAUCAUGGCAUCUCACCUCCUCCAGUCCUGCCUCAAAGGAACCUGCUCAUGAAGAAAUAGAGGCUUCUGCAGAUGUGAUUGAAAGCUGUUGUGAUGCUGGACAACAAUGGGCUGCCGAUAAUGGUCAGUGCUUCGAUAUUUCUGUGAAGGGGCUUGACUCUCCCACCUGCAGAAUUGCUCAGAAACAGUGCUGCUUCUCAUACUUGGAGGAUCAAAGCUGCAUAGUGGGUAUGAACUUUGCAAAAGAAGGUGAAGACUGCUAUGCAAACCCAAAUGAUGUCUGUGGAGCCGACAUAUACAAGAAAUGUUGUGACUGCUGUAUGUUAGGAAUUAUAUUUUGGAGCCAGUACAGAGAGUGUGAAGAAAAGCCAAGUCUGGGCUACCCCUGCAGUCAGGCAUUUUUAAGCUGUUGUGAGGGAGCUGAAGAUCUCGGUCAUCUUCCUGUGAGACGGUGGCUCAAGCCAAAACCACUCCCUGAGACAACCUCCAUUCCUGAACAAGUUUUAGAAACAGAAGGUAUUAAGGAAGCUCAUUCACUGAGUGAAUCAGAUACCGCAUUUAACUUCAUAACAGACAAUGAACUAAAUGAAUGUACAAUGUAUCCUGGACAAAUUUGCCAGCAUUUCUGCAUCAAAUCAUUGGAAUCCUAUGAGUGUACAUGUUUCCCUGGAUAUACAUUACAAGCAGAUGGACGCAGCUGCAAAUCAGAAUAUGAGGAGGAAGAGAAAAAUUACAUGGAGGUGCAGACUUCUGAGGCAACACAAACUCUUACAUCUGAUGAAGUGGAUCGCUGUGGAGAUGCCAGUCCAUGCAUGCACUACUGCACUCAACUUGGAAGGGAUAUAGUUUGCUCCUGUUUCUCUGGUUAUAGACUGAUGGCAGAUCAGACCUCCUGUGAAGAUGUGAAUGAGUGUGUACUGGGCACACACAACUGUUCAAGAGGACACUCCUGUGAGAAUACUCAAGGAUCAUUCCAGUGUAUCCCAAUAAUAACUUGUGAGAAUGGUUUUGUCGCAAAUGCAUUCAACAAAUGUGUUGAUAUUAAUGAGUGUUUAACAGUCUCCCAGACAUGCAAAUAUGGAGAAAAAUGUAUAAAUACAAUUGGCUCCUUUAGAUGUCAGAAGAUGAUUACUUGUGGACCAGGCUUUCAACAAGUGGACGAUUAUUGUCAAGAUAUCAAUGAAUGUGAGCAAGGCAAUCACAACUGCGCAGUAAAUUAUGAAUGUCAGAACACUCCAGGGUCAUUCCGUUGUCUUCCAAAAGUGCAUUGCUCUGAGGGAUUUCUGCAGGACCCACAAGGCAACUGCCAUGACAUUAAUGAAUGCACUACAUUAACUCAGGCUUGCAAGCCGGGGUUCAAUUGCAUUAACAACGUUGGGUCUUACACCUGUCAAAGAAAUUUCAUCACUUGUGGAAGGGGAUAUCAUGCUAGUACUGAUGGUUCUCAAUGCAUUGACAUUGAUGAAUGUCAGAGCGGAGUGCAUCGCUGUGGUGAAGGACAAGUCUGUCAGAACAUACCUGGGAGCUAUCGCUGUGAUUGUAAAAGUGGCUAUCAGUACAAUUCCCUGAGCAGAACAUGCACUGAUGUUAAUGAAUGUUGGCGCUAUCCUGGUCGACUCUGUGCACAUACUUGUGAGAAUACCCCAGGGUCUUAUUACUGCACCUGCAGCACUGGAUUCAAACUAGCUCUUGAUGGCAAGAACUGUGAAGAUAUAAAUGAAUGUGAGAGCAAAGUCUGUGGUCAGGAAUGUGCCAAUAUCUAUGGCUCCUACCAGUGCUAUUGCAGACAAGGAUACCAACUCAGCGAACACGAUGGCCAUUCUUGUGUGGAUAUUGAUGAGUGUGCCCAAACUGGAGGCACAGUCUGUACAUUCCGCUGCUUGAAUCUACCUGGCAGUUAUAAUUGUGCCUGUCCUGAGGUUGGCUAUACAAUGUCACCUAAUGGAAGAACAUGCAGAGACAUUGAUGAAUGUGCUAUUGGGACACACAACUGUACAUCAACUGAAACCUGCUUCAAUAUCCAAGGUGGAUUCAGAUGUCCAUCAGUGGAUUGCCCACCGAACUACAGAAAAGUAUCUGAUAUGCGCUGUGAACGCAUAAUGUGCCCCAAUUUCAUGGAUUGCCAGAACAUACCAGUCAGAAUCACCUAUUAUCAGCUGACCCUUCCAACCAAUGUCCAGGUUCCAAGCACCAUUUUCCGCAUUGCACCUUCACCUGCCUAUAUAGGAGAUAACAUUGUGCUGACCAUUAUUAAAGGAAAUAACGAAAACUACUUCAGCACGCGGAAGCUGAAUGCUUACACUGGAAUUGUCUACGUACAACGGCAAUUUAUGGAAUCCAAAGAUUUUUUGCUGGAUGUUGAAAUGAGGCUCUGGCGCCAAGGAACGUUCACUUCCUUUUUGGCUAAAAUUUAUGUAUUUGUUGCCGCUCAUCCUUUCUAAAGCAAACACUGUAGCUGUUGUAUCUGAUAUAACUUUUUUUUUAAAGGCUUGAUACUAGCACGCUCACAAGGCCAGUUGACUUAAUGGGGUGCGGGGGAAAGAAUGGGAUAUUUUGACUUUUGUGUCAAUAGAAAUGAAAACCCAGCAGCUGAAUCAAAAUCACCUGUUUAAAAUUUUAACCCAUGGUCAAAGUUUUUCAAAAUGUCAUCUAGUGAAUUGUAUUCACUGUAUUUCUCAUCUGUUGCUACCAGAGUAUAGACUGAUACUUGCAAAGUAACUUAAUUACACUGUGCUCUACAUAUCUGAAGCUCAGUCUAUCUGAAUCACAUCAUUAGAAACAUGGUUGUCCGGUAAUGGUACAUGAGACAAAUCAUUUAGUAGUUUCACAGUCUUGCAUGUACAUUCAUUUCAAAAUUUCAAUCAAGAUAAAUGCUAAAGGAUACCGAUUUUAAACAAGGUAUGAAGAUUAAGCAGUUUGAUAUCCACUGCCUUAUUGAAAUUGUGUUUGAUUAAAAAAAUCUCAUUUGUUUUGCAAACACAUUUUGCAGUGAUGUCAAUCACAUUGAAGUGAGUCAUCAUCAAUGGGGGAGGUUAUCAUGACAAAUUAAACAAAAGGACGCUUCCGUCUACCUGAAAGAAAAUGAAUCUGCCCCUUUUUGUAAAAGGGGCUAAUUUUGGUAUAAAUUUAUCUUGGGUGGAAGUGCAAGCCAAUGAUAAUGGGGAAAAAGUGAAACAUGUAGGCAGAGUGCUGCUUAGUUAUAAGGAAACAAUCUGAGGCCUGGACAAAUUACCCCGAGGGAUGAGUUAAACUCCCACCAAUAACAACUGGGGGAUUUAAAUCCUGCUAAUUAAAUAAAUAUGCAAUAAAAGCUAGUAUCAGUAAAAGCAGCUGUGAAGCUACCAGACUGUCAUAAAUAUCCAUGUGGCUUAUUUCUGUCAUUUAGGCAAAAGAAAUCUACAGUCUUUCCCUGAUCUGAUUUUUAUGUGACCCCAGAUCCAUGGACUUGACAUUGAGUCAUAAGUGUCCUCUGAAGUGCCCUAGAAAGCCAUUCAGUUGGUGGGCAAUUACAGACAGGUAAUAAUCGUCAAUGUUUGCCUGUGAUACAGAGAAUAAUGUUAAAAAUAUGCUUUGCUUUUCUACCCAAGAUAAACUAAACCCAUUGUUUCUUGAAGUGAACCAUGCAAUUGGGAUGUGUUAAUGUGGAUUUUUUUAAUGCCUCAAUUCUGUUGACUAGUUAUAUUUCCAUAUGACUUUAGUAGUGAAAUUCAUUUUUUUUAAAUAUUCUAUUCUAGACAAUGCUAACUUUAAAAUAGAUUUCUUGCCCUCAAGGGGAUUUCUAUCCUACCUUUUUGCAAAUCGCAUCUGAGAUAUUGAAUGAAAUGAUUAGUGUGAGAAUAACAUUGUAUGAUACCAGAAAGCUUCAACAACAAUAUAAACAGGAAUAAAUUUGUUCUCUUUUGUUUUACUGAUACUAUCUUUAUGAAAUAAUCAUGUUUAUGGUGCUAUUUUUCACAGCCAUUAUCUUGUACUUUCUUAGGCACAGCUGAUAUUUACUAAAUAUGUACAGCAAAUCUAAAAGCUAAAUAUACUGUUUACACCUUUUUCUAAUUGGUAUUGUUGGAACUUGAGACUGUUUGCUGUCAGAUGAAAGUUUAUUCUGCCUUGAUAACCCUCAAAGGGUUAAAAAUUGCCACUUCUGACCAUUUAAGGAUCAUGUAUUAAACACGGGCAUAGAAUUCAAAUAGGAAAUAAAGUAAGUCUUUAUAUAAAAGUAUUAUGUUAUUUGUUAAUGUUUUGUGCAGUUUUAUGUGAAUACCACG